GUAUCUCGAGAUUGGUGUGUGCUGGCGUUGUUUACGAUAGACGGCAUGGCAUUGGGACCGCACAUGAUCCUCGGUGAUCCCUUCAUCCGUCAGUAUUGCCACAUCCAUGAUUUCGGCAACAAGCAAAUUGGUUUCGCGAAACCAAAGAAACGUCGAAAUUAA